GGCUCAAGCAGAGGGGUGCAGGAGUUUUGGGCCGAAGAGGCUGCCGUUGGGGGCGUGGCGACGCAGCGGCGGCGGACGGGCACGUUCACGUGCCGGCGCAUCUUUUUCCUUGACCUGCCAUGGCCCAGGCCGGACCUCCGAACCUCAACAACGAGGUUGUGAAGAUGAGGAAAGAAGUGAAGAGGAUACGAGUUUUGGUUAUCCGGAAACUUGUCAGAAGCGUUAGCAGACUGAAGUCAAAAAAGGGUACUGAGGAUGCACUGUUAAAAAACCAAAGAAGAGCACAACGAUUACUUGAAGAGAUCCGUGCCAUGAAGGAAUUAAAACCUGAUCUAGUUACUAAAUCUGCUCUUGGUGAAGACAUCAACUUUGAAAAAAUCUGCAAAAAGCCAGAUUCUACUGCAACUGAGCGAGCAAUUGCCAGACUAGCAGUACACCCGCUUCUGAAGAAAAAAAUAGAAGUGCUAAAAGCUGCUGUCCAAGCCUUUAAAGAUGCAAGACAAAAUGUUACUGAAUUGGAUUCACCGAAGAAUGCUUCAGAAGAAAAUCGUUCUAAGGACACUUUGUGUUCAAAUGAUAAUGCGAGUAAGUUACAACAUGAAGAUAUUAGUAUUAUUAAUGUGCAAAAUGUGAAUGAAGCCAAAAUUCCGGCAAAGAAACCAAUAAAUAACUCAAAGACAAAAAUGGCCAAGAUGGAACAUGGACGCAAAGCAGUAGGCAUUCCAAAUUCUCCAUCAAAGCCUUCAGGAAAGGAUUCUGUAAUUCCCCCUGAACCCCAGAAGAUACCUGCUUCCCCAAAGAUGAAAACACAAAGUCAAACCAAAGGAAAAAAAGGAUCCGAUAGCUCACUUGGUGGUAGCAGUGACGAAGAGUUUCAUGAAGAAGAGAAGGAGUAUUUUGAUGACAGCACAGAAGAGAGGUUCUAUAGGCAGUCCUCCAUGUCUGAGGAUAGUGACAGUGGCGACGACUUCUUCAUUGGGAAAGUCAGACGAACACGAAAGAAGGAAAGUAGUCAUCAUUCUUCAGAUAAGGAACAAAAAUCCCUCCAAAAAGGGUUACCCAAAGAAGGCACCAGUGAAACUCAUUGGGACAUAAGAAAUGACAAAAACAAGCCAAGUACAGAACCCAGGAGGUUAGAAUCAGUGUUUUUCUACUCUUUAUCUGGAUCUAAAGGCUCUAGAAGAGAUUACAGAGAACAGGCUCCAAAAAGCAAAACCCUGGAUUUUCCACAAAAUGAAACCCAGGUCAAGAAUCAGCUUAAUAAAAAUUCACAAAGAGGACUUAAAAAUACAAAACAGCAAUUGCAACAGCCUCUUCAUCCUUCUUGGGAAGCGAGCAGAAGGCGAAAAGAGCAGCAAUCUAAAAUUGCCGUGUUUCAGGGGAAAAAAAUCACAUUUGAAGAUUGAUUAGUGUCUGUUUUUGUGAAAUUCUUCAACUAAAACUUACUUUCCUUUUUUUUUUUAAUGAGCCUAUUUAAUUUGCAUUUGAAUACAUUUCUUUAAAGGGGUUAUAGAAUUUUUUUUCUUUUCCUAUGUAAAUUCAAGUUACGUGUACAUAGGCCUUUCACAAAUCAUAUACGUACUUAAAUAGAUUUUUAAUAAUAUCCCUCUGACCAUUUCCUCAAUAAAAGAAGUCAGAGAUUAUAAGGACUUCAGAUUUUCUCAUUUAAGUUUGUCAUGAAGUGUAUUUUACUGGUUUGGCUGUGUUCUUUGCCCUUAAAAUAAAUGUCAACAUAUAUUUAAAAUAAUGGGCAAAUAUGAGGAAAUUGUUAACUAUUUAAAAUAGAUCACUUUUGUUAAAAGUUAUGAUAUAUGUGUUAAUGGUCGAAGGUGAUAGCUCACACCUGUAAUCCUAGCACUCUGGGAGGCCAAGAUGGGAGGAUGGCUUAAGCUCAGGCUAAGCAACACCAAGACCCAGUCUUUACUAAAAAAAGAAAAAAUAGAAAAAUUAGCCAGGCAUUGUGUUAAGCGCCUGUAUUUCCAGCUACUCAGGAGGCUGAGGCGGGAGGAUCACUUAAACCUAGCAGUUUAAGUUUGCUGUGAGCAAGAUUCACACUAUGGCAUUCUAGCCUGGGCAAGAGAAUAAGACUUUGUCUCAAAAGAAAAAAGUUAUAGAUAAUUAUAUGGAAGUUUCAAUACCUUGUGCUCAUGUACUUCUUGACUGUUCUAAAAUAGUUUUCCGAGAGGGGUCCUCAAAACUACGGCCCGCAGGCCACGUGUGGCAGUGUGUUUAAACUAUAGUCCGGCCCUCCAGCGGUCUGAGGGACAGUGAACUGGCCCCUUGUUUAAAAAGUUUAAGGACCCCUGGAUUUCUUAAGUGUAUUUCAGUUAUUUAGGCAAGUUGUGUAAUUGUAGCAGCACAAUCAAAAAUCAGUUUUAUAUCACCGUAUAUAAAUAUUUCUGCUGAAUAAAGAACAGUGUAUUUAGUUAUUUGACCAUGUACUCGUAAAAAAUUUCUUUGGAGAAGAAAUUCUGAAGGAGGUAAGAAAGAGCAUUUCUGCUGAAGGCCAAGCAGAGAGGUUAUACAAUGACUCAUUGAAGGGAUUACUUUAUACAUAACAGUACUAUUAUUUAAAAGGAAAACAGGAUUUUAAAAAUCUCAAAUGUUUCACUUUUGCUACUCUGGGAGAAAUUAAACAUUCCUGUUUAAGUAAUACUAACUAAAUGUCAUGUUUCCUGCACAUUAGUGCUGUUAAUGGCAGGGAAGGCCAUCUGGUUAGCCUGAACUCACAAGCUCUCAAGAGUCAUUUCUAUUUAAAAAACUUAAGAAUUUAGAUGACUAGAGCAAUGGAAUUUGAGAGAUUAUGCAGAAAGAAAAUGAUUUUGGCUAUGUUAAAAUGCAAAAUUUAUUUCUGUGCUUUUUUUCUUUUAAAUUUUUAUUUUGAUGUAUUUUCAGACCAAUGAAAAAAAGUUAAAGAAAAAUGUCUCUGGUACUGAGCAUUUACCUAACUGUGAGGUUGGGAGUACUUGUCCUUCAGAUGGCCAACUAUGCCCAAGACUUCCGACCGCUACUGGAAAGGGUGGGGAACUUGUGGCCUUCGGGAUCCCCAUGUGCAGCCCCUAAACCAAAUCUGGACCUCAUAGAACAAAUGUAUUUAUUAAAACAAUUUACAUAAAGUUUGGAUCCAGUCAAAAGACUGCACUCCAGGACUCAGAAGACCACAUGUGGCCCCAGACCUAUAGGGUAUCCACCCCUCAGUGGCUCUCAAAUGCCCUAGUGAGCAUUUGGCAACAUCUGGAGAUAUUUUGAGUUGUUGCAAGGGUUGGGAGGCAGAUAUAUUCUAGCAGAUAUAAUCCGGGGGUGCCGCUCAAUUUUCUAUGGUACACACAAAAAAAAAAAACUGUUCUAGCCCAAAAGGUUAACAGUGCUGAAAUCGAAAAACCCUUUUCUAAGGCUCAUUGGGCUCAUCUACCUAGGCAUUACUAUUCUAAGAAUGCCACCCAAUGCUGUGUCUAUUAGGAAGUCUUUCUGUGGUGGGUGGUAAGAACACUGACUGUGUCUAGGGCUUAUGUAAGGUUACUCUUUCCCAGUGUUUUUUCCCUGGCCUCAAUAGAUUGUUCAUACACAUUAAUUACACAGAUCAGUCUUCUACCAAAGACUUGAGGGGACCUUUCUGCUGAUCUCCAGUGCACUUUCUCUCUUUCUCUGCAUUUCUCCUAACAUAUUUUGCCUCAAGGUUCUAAUAACAAAAGCCUGCCUAAACUCUGAACUCCUGUCUGUUUCUUCAAUUGAGCAAGGCCACUGAUCUCUUUUGAGAUUUCUUCCCCCUGCAUUAUAGUUUGGAAGCCCUUAAGGCAGGGAGCUGUAACAGCACCCACUGAAAGGUCCUUCAGGUAUUACUAUCCCAUCUAUCCCCAUUGUCAGAAAGCCGUUGUUCUGUAUGUUUUGUCCAGUUUUCUAGUUGUUUAAUGUGGAAGGCCAAAUC